AUGAUGGCCUCCGAUUUGCACCCGAUCCCGGGCGGGAAACCAAAGGUGACCGUACGGUUUGGCCGGAAUUUGGCCCCGAGGAAAACUGCUGACACAAUGGAAGAAGAUACCUGCAUCCUCAGAGUCCUGCCCCAGUAUGCACCGGCGGGUGGUUUUGGAGUAGGGAUAGGCGAUCCUGGGGCUGGCUCUAUUUCAGCUACGACACGCCCCAAAUUCGGUGGUCGUUGGGGCGGCAAGCAUGUGCAGGCAUCUGCCGGCCUCAGUGCGGCAGAGCAGACCAUGCGCGAUACUUUGAUAACAAAGGGUGCGGCAGAAGAGCAACGGCAACAGCAACAGCGACAGCAAAACCAACCGCAUCAUCACCUCCACCACUACCAACGUCGUCGGCAUCAAAAUCAACACGCUGAAGGACCACGCGGUGAAAGACACCGUCGUUUCGAGCCGGCCCCCGAUGGGACGGGGAUGUCAAGAUGGCAGAAACAGGGGGAAGACCCCCUUCAGCCUGAUAGACAGUUGGAAACAAAUGUCGUGGAACUGCCAAGGCAUCUUCGACGGGUUGACUGGAUUUGCCCAGACUGUCAAUAUAACUGUUUUGGAAAACAUUGUGUUUGUCCGCGCUGCAAGGCCGCUAGACCAGACCUCCAUGCGCCUCCCCCCAGACGAGUUCCAAAGUCGGACAAUACAAUAGCAGUCCGUCAUUUGGACUUACACCGGGCAGAGAAGGGCGGCAAAGGUGAAGAUACAUACUAUGCUCGGAAACCGACAAAGUCGUUCGCUGAAGGGCUCUCCAAAAUCGAGAAGGAUCAAUGGCACCGGCAAGAGCCCAAAUCCAAAUCUAAGAAGAAGAAGAAGGCGGAUGAGAAAUUGGCGGAUCUGUCGUGGGAUCCAUCAUCCCUGGAGCAUAUUACAGCUCCUACUGCUGUUCAGCGCGGAAAGGCGUCGAAACAUAAGGAUAGCCGCAAGCAAAGACAGUAUGAGGUAGAAGAGGACGAGUUUGACGAGGACGAAGAGCGUCGUCGUCGUGAAGAUCGCAAGCAGAAGAAGAGAGAGAAAUCGCGACGAAAGGAUGUCGAAUCGGCCCCAAGCCCACUGUAUCUCCCCGAGUUCAUCAGUGUCAGCAACCUUGCUGAUGUUAUCGGCGUGCGUCCGGCAUUAUUCGUCCGGCGAAUGGAGGAGAUGGGAUUCGAGGAUGUUUCAUAUAGCCAUGUCCUCGACGCUGAAACGGCAGGCCUAGUUGCAACCGAGUUUAACUUUGAGCCAAUCUUUGACACUGGAACGGAUGAUCUGGCAGCUGCACCGGAGCCGGAAGACAAGUCCUUGCUACCGACCAGGCCGCCGGUGGUGACCAUCAUGGGCCAUGUUGACCACGGUAAAACCACUAUCCUCGACUGGCUUCGCAAGUCAUCGGUGGCUGCGUCAGAGCAUGGAGGCAUUACGCAACAUAUUGGUGCUUUCUCCGUGGCUAUGCCCUCGGGGAAGAAAAUCACCUUCCUCGACACUCCUGGCCACGCGGCCUUUCUGGAGAUGCGCCGGCGUGGUGCUGACGUGACCGACAUUGUGGUCCUAGUGGUUGCUGCCGACGACAGUGUCAAGCCUCAGACCCUCGAGGCUAUCAAGCAUGCUACGGAGUCCAAGGUUCCCAUCAUCGUCGCCAUCAGCAAGGUUGACAAGGAGAACGUCAACCUUGAACGGGUCAAGCAAGAUCUUUCUGUCCACGGGGUCCAUGUGGAAGACUACGGGGGUGAUGUUCAGGCGAUCGGGGUUAGUGGGAAAACUGGUCAGGGGAUGCUGGAGCUCGAGGAAGCCAUUGUCACUCUUUCAGAGGUGCUCGACCACCGGGCAGAUGCUGAUGGCAACGUGGAAGGGUGGGUGAUCGAGGCCACGACCAAGAGCUAUGGCCGCGUUGCCACCGCGCUUAUCCGACGGGGCACGCUGCGGCCGGGGGAUAUUAUCGUCGCUGGAAACACCUGGGCGCGUGUGCGUACUCUCCGAAAUGAAGCCGGGACUGCAAUCCCAGAAGCCACUCCAGGAAUGCCAGUCGAGAUCGACGGCUGGAGAGAGCAACCCUCAGCUGGCAGCGAGAUCCUACAGACGGUUGACGAACAGCACGCCAAGGAGGUGGUUGAAUACCGUCAGGAUAAGCUGGAGACUCACAAAUUAGGCCAAGACACGGUGGCCAUCAACGAGGCUCGUCGUGAACUCCUGGAAAGACGGCGACAGGAAGGAUCCCAAGGCGAACAACAAGGUCAAGAAUCCCGUCAGGACGCGUCCGGUCCCCAACCCGUCCAUUUCAUCAUCAAAGCCGACGUUGGAGGAUCCGCAGAGGCUGUUUUAAACUCCGUGACGGCAAUCGGCAACAAUGAAGUCUACGCGCAUGUGCUUCGUUCCGGAGUCGGACCUGUCGGGGAGUUCGACAUCGAGCACGCAGCCACUGCCAACGGUCAUGUCAUCUCAUUUAACAUGCCCAUCGACCCGGCCAUGUUUCGGAUGGCGGAAGCGCGAGGCGUGAGGAUCAUGGAUUACAAUAUCAUCUACAAGCUCAUCGACGAAGUCAAGGCGACUUUGAGUGACAAGCUCGCUCCGUCGGUGUCCCACCGCGUCACCGGAGAAGCCGAGAUUAGCCAGAUCUUCGAAAUCACCCUCAAAGGUCGGGAGAAGACUUCCAUCGCUGGUUGUCGGGUUCGCAACGGAGUGAUCAAUCGAGCCCGGAAGGUCCGAGUCUUGAGAGGCCAGGAGACUAUCUAUGAUGGUUCGAUUUCUUCUCUCAAAAACGUCAAGAAGGACGUGACCGAGAUGCGCAAAGACACAGAGUGCGGGAUUGGGUUUAAUGACUGGAAGGGCUUUGCUGUCGGUGAUCACAUCCAAUGUUACGAGGAGGUUUUUGAGAAGCGAUAUCUCUGA